UGACCGUCUUGGGCGCUGAAGGGAAGGAGUGGCAACAGGCGCUGCCCAGCCUAGGCAGGCGCAGGAUGCAGCUGCAAGUGGCUCAUUUUCGGGGCGCGGGUGGCUCCCGCCGCUGCUUGCACUCCCGGGCAAGCAUGGGGGCGCGUGUGCCCCCGGUCUGUGUGCGGGGUGAGGGCAGGCUGCUGCUGCCAGCUUUGCCCCGGGUGCCAAACCCUGUAGCUACAGCACUGCCAUCACCCCACUGGGAGGCAAGUGGGGGAAGAAUCCAGGUCCCCCACCAGGCCUGGGCUGGAUCUGCCAGCCCCCCUCAUGUUAGCUCCCUGGAGCCUCCAGGCCUCUGCCCAGGCUGCCUGGGAAAAUGCCUCAGCCUCCGGGACAUCCCAGGGGAGCUUUGGCCCUGGCUCCGCAUCAUGGCCAGAAGCAGCUGCUGCUGUUAUGCAUGGGGGAUCCCAAUCCUCCCCAUUUUGUGGCCUCCUCCCCCAAGUGAUUGCAGCCCCCUGGUGCCCCCCUGCUACUGCCCCAAGGCCUCUUGCCUGUCCCCGUCCCCCCACAGCCGUGCCUUGCAGCCCUGUAGAGUGGGGUGUGACAAGCCUGCUGCUGGGGGCUAUUUUAAGCCUGGGGCGGAGCCAAGAACAAAACCUUCCCUGAACCCCUGGGGACUCAGGUCUGGACUGGGGCCAGCAAGGAGCUACCGUGCACCCAGGCUGGACCCCAGGGACCAUCUAAGUGGGGCUGGAUGCAAUGAGCAGCCCCCCUCAACCUCUCCUGUCAGCUCAGGCCUGAGCGCCCCCCCCCAAAUGAGGUCAUGGACAGCAGUCUGGGUCCUUGGAGGGGUAACAGUGAUCCCACUGAGCACCUGUGCCCCACCCCAGAGAACUCCCCCCUGUGCCCAGCAAUGACGAUGAUGACUAUGAGAACGCAGGCAUGGAGGAGGGGACUCGGCGCCCGCCCCCAAAACCCCCCGGGCCCAAGGGCAAGGCAGGAGUCCCCCGACGCAAGGGACAAAGGGCAGCAGCAGCUGCCCUGGCCCCAGCCUCAGCUCCAGCUCCAGCUCCAGCCCAGCCUCCCCAUGACGGCCCCACAGCCACCCCAACCAGGCCCCCCCGAGAUGGUCCCAGAGCCACCCCAAUCAGGACCCCUCAAGACACCCUGCCCUUGCCCCUGGGCCUAGGUGUACGGUGCCGCUCCCGACCCUCCCUGGUGAUGUACACACUGCUGGGCAUCUGCCUGCUCACAUGCACCGCCAUCUUAACAUUCGUCCUUGUGAAUCAGCCCGCAACCCGGCAGGAGCUGCAGGCGCAAGUCUCCCCCCGGCCCAUGAAUGGUUCCCAGGAGUGGGAGGACUGGGCCUCCGUCCGCGCAGACCUGGAGAUUGCGAUGGCGGCUCUACAGGAUGCCCUGGAGGCGCUGGAGCACCGGGUGUCGGAGGCGCUGGCAGCAGCACGGCAGGACCGUGAGGGCACCCAGCAGCAGAUCAAAGCCUUCCAGGAAAUGCUAGACACGGUGUGCCAGCAGUGCCCGCGGGGCUGGGCCUGGUUCCAGCGAACCUGCUACUACUUCUCCACGGCUGUGAAGACGUGGCCUGAGGCCAAGGUGUUCUGUGCUGAGCACGGCGCCCACCUUGUCAUCAUCAACACGGAGGCGGAGCAGGACUUCGUGGUGGAGACGGCAGCUGGGAAGCGCGGACACUGGCUGGGGCUGAGCGACCAAGACACCGAGGCCAAGUGGCUCUGGGUUGACGGGACCUCCCUGACCCUCAGCUUCUGGAGCUCAGGGGAGCCCAACAAUGCGGGCACCGAGAACUGCGUGACAAUGCUGCCCGACGGGCGCUGGAACGAUUUACACUGCUAUAAAACCGACUACUGGAUCUGCGAGAUGCACUGGCUCUGCUAAGAGGGGAGUGCUGGGAGCUGGCUUAGAGUCCCCUCAGGGUGUCCUAUGCCUCGGUUUCCCCUCCUGCCCUUAGGGGACUCGGGCUGCCCCUCCCUGGGUCCUUACCAGCCUCUUUGCCCCCUCCAGAUACCGUUGCACACCUCCCCUCUUUCUGUGGGAUGGAGGAAAACAUGGGGAGCACCUGCCUUGGUGGUGCUGGGGUGCAGAUAUGGAGGGCUUCCCCCUUUCUGAGGGACCUGGGGGUACUGGGUGGGUGCUGGAAGACUGUCAGCAGGGGUGGUGGGGCUUGUGACUCCUUGAGGGAAUCCAGGCAUCUGGCCAUGACCUGGCCUGUCCCCACCAGGCCUCUGCACCCUGUCCCAAAGCCAGGGGCCAUGUCUGCGUGCAUGGUUCAUUGCACUCAUUAAAGCUAAUGAAGCUAA